AUGGAGCCGCAGCAAAUGGAAAAGAUUAUGAAAUUUCUAAUCAAGCAAGCGGAAGAGGAGGUAACUGCAUUGGCAAAUGUUGAAAACGAUUUCUUUGUGAACCAGCAAACAAAAGCCGAAAUACAGGCAUAUAUGAAUCAGGGACCUAUGUAUCUUAACUAUCUGCGGAUGGAGAAGCUACUCAUUGAUAACACAUAUGAAGCAUCGAAAGCUAUCCAAACCAUCUAUAAGCUAAAGAGGGAAGCAGAGAUGAGAAUGGAGGAACUGAGGAAGGAGCUGAAGAAACUAUCAGAGGAUGAUCGACCUUAUAUGGAUUAA